AUGGGUCCUAAGCUGCCCGGGUCCAGACUCUGUCUCCUCCUCCUGCUGAGGCUUCUGAUAAUGGUUGUUUCAUUCCAGAUCGUACCCAAUGUAACCCGUUCUCAGUGGUUUGAUAUCCAGCAUGUAAAGAUGGCCCACCCCCAGUGUAAUAAUGCAAUGCAGGUAGUUAACAGUUAUACAGGUCGGUGCAAAAACAAAAAUGCUUUCCUUCAUACAACUUUUGCUAAUGUUGUUUGUGUUUGUGGCAAUAUAAAUACGACCUGCAGAGAUAACUCAACUAACUGUCAUAAUAGUUCAUCUCUGGUGUCUGUCUGUGACCUCCAAACUCCAGCAACUAAUUAUACGAGAUGCACACAUAACAGUUACAGGAAAGGAAAUCAGUUAUCAAGGGAAACAAACAAAGGAGCUUAG